UAUUAUUAUUCCAACAUAUUUUUUAUAGCAUCUAAAUUGUGUUUAAAUUGUGAAUUUGGAUCAAAAUUAACGAAAAUCGUUUUAUGAGUUCUGAAAACCUUUUUGGAUAAAACUCAGAAAGUAAAAUGCUGCCUCAAACCAUGGACUACAGUGCUUUUACCAUCUGUACGCCGGCACCAUUCUCCUCCGAUGAGAAGGCUGUACUUGAGCGAGCCCGUUGUGAUUAUGAGUACAAAAUUACCUAUCAAAUGGCACGUUCUGGAGUCGCCAAACGGCGUGUGCGUGUUUAUGCCGAUGGCAUAUAUGAUUUGUUUCACCAGGGCCACGCCAGGCAAUUAAUGCAGGCGAAAAAUAUAUUUCCUAAUGUUUAUUUAAUUGUUGGUGUUUGCAAUGAUGAUUUAACACAUAGAAUGAAGGGUCGUACAGUAAUGAAUGAUCACGAACGCUAUGAAGGUGUGCGACAUUGUCGUUAUGUCGAUGAGAUCAUAGCUGACGCUCCGUGGACAUUAUCUGAUGAAUUUAUAGCUGAAAACAAAAUAGAUUUUGUUGCUCAUGAUGACAUUCCAUAUACUGGUACUGGUACCGACGACAUAUACGGUCCAUUAAAAGCAAAGGGCAUGUUUGUUGCUACUGAACGUACUGAAGGUGUUUCCACAUCGGACAUUGUUGCUCGCAUUGUUAAGGAUUAUGAUUUAUAUGUACGUCGAAAUUUAGCGCGUGGUUAUUCGGCUAAAGAUCUUAAUGUAUCAUUCCUAUCAGAGAAGAAAUUCCGUCUACAAAAUAAAAUGGACGAGUUGAAAGUUCGUGGCCGUCGUGAAUUAACUAAAGUUAAAGGCGACAUAAUGACUAAAUGGGAAGAGAAAUCUCGCGAAUUUAUUGACGCAUUCCUUUUGUUAUUUGGACGUGAACGUUUACAUCACUUAUGGAAUGAAUCAAAAGGUAAACUAAUACAAGCACUUAGUCCUCCUGGUAGUCCGAGUGGUUCUGUGAAUGGUGAUGCAGAUGAUUUUGAGGACGAAGAAGAAGAUGAUGAGGAAACUGAUCCAAUGCAAGCUGGUGUCAGUAUCCAUAUGGAAUUAUCACCAAAAGAUCGUCGUACGUAUAGUCGUCGUGGUGUUGAUAGUCCUACACUGGGUCGAUCAGCUACAGUUCCAAACAGAGCACAUACGACGCUAGCAUCAAGGCAGGAAUACGAUGAAUUUGAACGUUUAAGUAACUAAACGCUGCUUAUAAAAAAAAA